GAUCCUCCGCGCAGUGUGGGGAUUACCGGGCUGAAGCGGACUGUGGUCGCUGCGGGGCAGUGCUGCGCAGUCGGGAGCAGCGUGCAGCACGGCUGGCAGGUGCGCUGAGAGCGAGACAAACCAGCCACUGAGCCAGUAACGGGGACCGCUGCCAGACCGAAGAUGGCGUCGUCGCCGCGUUUGCGCCUGCUGACCUGCGUUUGGCUGCCGCUGCUGCUGGCCACGGCCGGUGAGUGUGGCUGGGGCCGGCGCGGUGACAGCCGUUCGGCCCAGGUGUUCCGCCUGGGGCCGCUGGCACGCGUCGGCUGCGUCGUGCUCACCGAGGAGGAGGCCGACCGGCUGGAAACCAACCGAGACGGCAGUCGCCUGGCGGAGCGGAUCGCCAGCCGGCGCACCACACCCAGCUCCCGGCAGCCCUCGUCGCCCGCGACGUGCCCCAACGGCGUCACGUACUUCGACGGCUGCAACUCGUGCUCCUGCGGCACCGAGCAGCUCUGCACGCUGAAGGCUUGCAACGAUGACACGAUCGUCCAUAUAUUCGACCCAUGUCAUGGCAUAACAUGUGGCUAUCACCAACGCUGUCAGGCAAUCUGUGUGGGGCAGGUGUGCCAACUCAGACCGCUAUGCGUGUCAGACGACUCGCCAACCUGCCACAACUGUCCCUGGCUCUGCGUCGACGAGAGGCUAGGCUGCAACGACAACUUCAGCGGCGUCGCCUGCAAGCCGAGUCUGUCCUGCUACAAGCCCAACAUCUAACCUUACCGGCGGCGCAGCUGAAUGCCGUUUUACGUCCUCGGACAUCUCGAAUAUGGUCGUGACUAAAAAAGCGCAUUUAUUGGAACGGUUUUGCAACUUGGCGCGGUACUUCGAUGUCAUAAACUAUUUGUUGACGUG